AAGGAGCUAGAAAAACAAAGAUCAAUCAAAGGCGAGCGAUUGCAAAAAGCUAAAAAUAUUUAUUUUAAGACAGAAGAAUUCUGGUUGAAUAAAACAGGUUGUCCGAUUGGAACGUCCCUAUUCGACGAUUGACAGAAGAACAACUCCAAAAUGCCAAAGAUGCCUCCUUAAGUAUAUCCCUUGCUGAAGAUAUCAUCGAUUUUGCAGGAAUUAGUAUGAAUGCAUCUCCAGAAAUAAAAAGUUUUACAAGUGCCACAGCUACUAUUACUUUGUAUAAUUUUUAUGUAAAUGGAGCUGGCCAAUAUAGUUCCGCAGCAAUAUUUCAUCAAAGUGCAGAUAAUGACCCAAAUUUCGAGCAAAUACAAGCCGGAUGGAUUGUAAGUUUUCAUAAAACAUCAAUGAUUUGAACCUAAUAAAGUACUUUUUUUGAUGAUUCGAUUUCCUGAAGUUAAUGUUUGAUUUAGGUACAUCCACAACUAUACGGUGAUAGCCGGACUCGAUUAUACUCCCAUGGACAGUAAGUAUAUUAGAAAUUAAUUGGUAUUUUUCAUAAAGAAAUAAUUCAAAAUCAUGUAGAAUAAGUUUAGUUUCAUUUUUUUUUUAAUUAUAUAGAUGGAUGGCGGUCGGAAAACAGGAUGUUACAAUAAUAUUUGUCCAGGUUUUGUUCAACUUGACACUGAUGUACCCAUAGAUUAUGCAUUCCCAAAAAUCUCUAGGCCAAUGUAUGAUGACUAUGAAUUGGAAAUUCAGUUAUACAAGGAUGAAGACUAUUAUCUUUUGUUUCAGGGUGCGUUUAGUAUUGGUUUAUGGCCGGAGACCCUUUUUAAUGAACUGAGAAAUGGAUCGCAGGUAGUGCGAUAUGGAGGACAGGCGUUUACACCAGCGGGUCAACAAUUUAGUCCCCCCAUGGGAAAUGGUAAUUUUGAGGAUGGCAAUCCACACACCACUUGUCAUAUGCGUCAAGUCAUGUAUGGAGUGGGCUAUGAUCAAGAUGUUCAACCCGAUGAAUCGUUGGUUCAAACGCAUCAAUCUAGAUGUUAUCAUGAAGGAAGUCAACAUAAUGCUCAUGAUGAUUACUGGGAUUAUAAUUUUGUAUUUGGGGGUGCUGGUUUUUGCUGAGAUGCACCAACGGCUUGUAUUGUACUGAUAUAUAAAACUAAGAAGCUAUUAUAUUAGUUCUUGCAAUUGCAGUUGCAAUUUAUUUUGGGUGAUUCAGUACUUGAUGUGCCUGUUAUUGAAAACAUAUUUAUUUCAAUUCACACUCUUCACUUAAUAAUUAGCUAACAAGUGUGGUGAGACAACUGAGAUUUUUUACAUUUUAGAUAAGCGAAUUUUUUUUAGUUUGAACUUAGGAAUAAAGAAAUUCUUGACGGAAAACACUUUCUCCUGUAAUGUGAACGCUGCACUUUACUUUGGGAUCGCAAGACACAACUUAACUGUAAUUGCAAUGGUCCUAUAACAAAGCCAUUUACAACAAACUACGUGAAAUUGAAUUGGGCAAAAUUUUCUGAAGAAUUUCCACAACAAUUAACAGUAUCACAUAAGCCUCCACACAAGCUAACAUCACAGUAAGACAUCAAUCCAAUUUAAAACAGAGAUAUAACACUCGCUAACUCCUAAGGCACAUACGACUUGUGCAAAUUAAUCAAUGAAAAAGACAAUAACUCAAGUGAAGAAAUCAACACAAAUUCAUAAAUAUUUAACUCAUUCCCGACAACAACACAUAAUCCAAACUAUCAAAAACAAAUUAACGCUAAUUAUUGGACCUGUGCAUAGAGGGUGCUAACUGUCCUUGGCGGUCUUGAUUGUAACCUAAUUAUUGUUUCUAUCUAAUUUGCAAUUUUGGGAAAGUGUGCUUUCACUGUGAAGAAACUAAGCUUUUACUGAGUUUUAAGUUGGACCUUUCGUAUAAAUCAAUUCAUUGUUGUGGGAUUAGUGUCUCUACUGUUGUUUGUUCCUUAAUCUUGCAGAAGGUCCAUGGUAUUCCUGAUUCCCUUAUGAAAGAUAUUAAAAACAUAACAUGCGAAUAUUUUCAUCAACCCUAUGAAGAGAAAAAUGAAGAUCAUACUCUCUGCAGAAACUGGAUACAGGUUUAUUCCUGUUGUUAACUUAAAUUGUUACUAUUUCGAUAUAUUAUCUUUAUUAAUGGUUUCUUAUGUAUCAUGAAAGUAGAGGAUAUCAAAGAAUUGGAGAGAAUAUAACCAAAGGCAUACCUGAUAUACGCGAAGCUAUUGAUGUAUGUUAUACUAUUAAUUACUUCAAGUGUGUGUGUAUUUGUUAUUCUAGAUAAAAAUUAAGUAUCCCCGUUGUUGUAGACGAGUUAUCCAAGGUUUCUUCACCAUUGCCUAAAGUUUUUGAGUUGGAUUUUGAUUGGUGUUGGAUCAAAGUCAGAUUCCCAUUAAAUCUAUUUUCACCCCUAAGUUCAUGCUUAUAGCUACAUUAUUUUCUUAUUAUGGCCCAAUUGCAUAUUAUCUAUUUCUUUUGGACAUUUAUUUUACUUUUUCAUUUGAAGUUUUGCAUUAGACACUAAGGAACUUUCACAUAUUAUGCAAUAUAUAGUCAUUAGCUCACGGAGGUUUGGGAGUGUGUACUCCAGUUUCUGAUGUUGUGUAAAAUUGGAACAGAUUGAAUUACUACGUUAUAAGAUAUUGUAGACGUGUAAAUAUGUAGUCCUUCUAUGCAAGUAAGGAAACAUUAGACUUGUGUGGAGCAGAUGAGUUGCACAGGGUAACUGUUAAUGCAAGAAAGAAUAUGCCUUGUGUUUAUUUCAUCAAAAUAGCCAGUGGUGUAAACAAAAGGAGUAGACUUAGUUCUUGCUGUUAGCCUCGUCAUGAACUC